AUGAGUGCCAUUGCAGAUAGUAUUGGUCGACCAGGAGAAGUGGUGGAGGAUGGUCGUCCGGGCAAACAGAGCAAAGUAGAAGAGGGGUCGCUGGGUCCGGCGCGACACGACAGUAAGAAUAGCGUGGUUGAAGGUCAGCAGGCGCGGGCGCAGGUACAGUCACAGUCUGCCCAGCUUACAGGAGGCUCUGCCCUGUCGCCGGACGAGCUGCAGCAGGCAGCGCUGAGGAACCAGCAAGCCGUAGGCCAUAAUGCAGGCAUUCAGCCUCUAUCAUUACCCACCAUCAAUACGACCUGGAGUUCACCGCAGCCUACGCUGGUCCACCGAGGCAGUCCGAAGCAUUCACCAGGCCUGCAUGUACGCACCGACGUGGCCGCUCCCAGUAGUAUGGGUUUCGCGCGGCUGAACGAGACGCCCACUAUCUUCGAGACGCCAGUAUCCACAGAGCCUUCACUUGCGCCGGCGCAGAGCUUGACAUCACCCAUGAGUAUACCUGCGCGCGGAUCCAGUCUUCGAAGCAACUUGUCCACGUCUAGUAUCGGCUCAUCUUUCUCGCCUGGUUCCGCACUGCCCUCACCGUAUCUCGCUGCACUGGGUGACCUCACCCCGCUGCCUUCACCACUUAUCGGUGCUGGACCGGAGUCGCCGACUGGACUAUGGCGGAGACCAGGAUCGGGAGGCACGCCUAAUCGAUCACGACAGAGUUCACUCGCCGACGACUCCAUACCAGCCACCAUAUCAGAACUACCACCCGUCCCAGGCUCCUCGACUUCGCCUCCGAAGAAGAGGAAGGGCUACGGCAAUCUACAGCAGGAGAUCGUGGUAGCGAACGCUGCCGCUGCACAAGAGAAUGCGCAGGGUGGCUCGCUGAAUGGACACGGCCGCAACAGAAGCAUAUCCGAGUUCAAGCCAGAAACACUGCACAAUCUCCGACCCAGGCAUGUCACAUUCGGACCUGGCGACACCGCAUCACUGGAAGCCGCCGAGUAUCACAUGCAAAGAGAAGCGUACCUAGCUGCACAACGAGGACUGCAUGCACCCGGCACCGAGAAGCAGUUGCCUUCACCGCCUCCUAGUACGAGCAGUGUAGCCGAGAGCGACGAGGCGGAUGACGAUCCUAUGCUGGAAGGGGACACAGCAGCAGAAUACCUGGAGAUCCACUGUGGUAUACACAACAAGCGACGAAAGUUCCGACAAUUGCGCCAGCUCGGCCAAGGCACCUUUAGUACAGUGGUGCUCGCGACACGAGAGCGCAUACCAGCAAACUUCACCCCAGAAAUCGAACAAUCCCUCGAUCCGCAUAAGCUCGUGGCAGUGAAGAUCGUAAGCCAUGGACCUGCGGGUGGCGCGGACGAAGAACGUAUCGAAACGAGUCUGAAACGCGAAGUCGAAAUGCUCAAAGCAGUCUCGCACCCGUCACUAAUCCACCUCAAAGCAUGCGAAUACCAAACCAAACGCAGCCUUUUAGUCCUCACCUACUGUCCCGGCGGCGACCUCUUCGACCUCGCAUCCCAAAAACGAGACCUUCUCACGCCUCGACUAAUCCAGCGCAUGUUCGCCGAGCUCGUAAGUGCGGUACGCUACCUGCAUACCCACUGGAUCGUGCACCGGGACAUCAAGCUCGAGAACGUGUUGGUAAACAUGCCCGUGGACGACCUAAGCCAGAUCACAGAUCCGAUAGAGCAUCCGACGCCGAUCAUCACACUCACGGACCUAGGACUAAGUAGACGUAUCCCACAGCCACCUGAAUCGCCAUUCCUGACUACGAGAUGUGGAAGCGAAGACUACGCCGCCCCUGAGAUCCUGCUAGGACAGCCGUACGAUGGACGUCAGACUGAUGCUUGGGCUCUCGGUGUGCUCCUCUUCGCUCUUAUGGAAGGGAGGCUACCAUUCGAUACUCCGCCUGGGAAGCCGGAGCGGAGUCGAAAUACUCAUCGUAUUGCCAGAUGUGAUUGGAUAUGGUGCAAAUUCGGAGACGAGGAUGGCGAGUGGGACGAGGCUGGGCAGGCUGGGAAGGGGUUGGAGGGUGCUAGGUUGGUUGUGGAGGGGUUGUUGAAGAAGGUUCGGAUGGGACGGAAGUCGAUUGAGUUUAUUGAGGAUCUUGUUUGGGUGAGAGAAGGCGUCAAAGUGGAUGGCAGAUUGAAGGUGAGGGAAGAAGACGAGGACGAGCUGUGA